UGUGGCUUAAGUAACAGGAAGUUUUAAUUUUCUGAAAAUCGUAGAACUGAUUAACAUAUUUAAACCUUUAAUCAUCAUAGUUGACACAAAAAUACAACGUACAGAUAACAAAGAUAACAUACAAUGGCAACUAAACGCAAAAUAAACACGUCAGGCACAGAUGACACAGAAGAACAAACUAGCAGUGAGGUCAAAACCAAAAGAGUAAAAGUUUCUUUAGAAAGUUCAUCAGGAUCAUUGACAAAAGAAAACGUCGAGAAAAGCAAUCAAUCUUCAGAUAAAAAUGUUGAGGAGAAGGAAGAGAAGGUUGCCAGAAAGGAUGACCAUGGUACUAUGAUUCCUAUUACCAUCAACAUUGGUAGGAGCGAAACCAGCACUUACAAAUAUGUUGACACGAAGGAUAAGUUUAUUGAAGUCAUGAAAGAGCUCCAGGAAAAGAUAAGAAAUAAGCAAAUGAUAGCUGUUGAUUGCGAAGGAGUAAAUUUGUCAAGAUUUGGAUCAGUAACACUGAUUAAUAUUGGCACUCGAGAUUUAGUCUAUCUAAUCGAUAUUUUGAAAAUAGGGGACAGCGUAUUCGAUGAUGGUCUCCGUUCUAUACUCGAGAACAGUGGAAUAGAAAAACUGAUGUUCGACUGCCGAGAAGAUGCCGAUGCUUUAUUACAUAUUCACAAAGUCAAACUUAAUGGAGUACUAGACGUUCAAAUACUAGAGGUGAACAAUCGAAUACAUGUAUACAGAAAUGGAUAUACUAAGAUCAGAAGCCUUAAGCAUUGCCUAGAGGAAUAUGUAAACGACGACACAUUAUUGAAUGCCAAGUUACAAGGACGAUCGAGUAUGAGUAUGUCGAGUAAUAUUUGGGAGAAAAGGCCACUGGAAGAAAACAUGUUGAAAUAUGCAAGUGUUGAUAUUCUUGGUCUUUUCAAACUCUAUGAUGAACUUCGUACUAGAAUGGGUCAUAUCGUCUGGAAAGCAGCAUCAAGUCGAUAUUGUGACAGUACUCGUUCAAGAAACAGAACGCAGCGUGAUGGCAGCGGAAUUUUACCAAAAGGCAUAAUAUUAUAAUGGCAUGUUCUGAUGUCAGUUUUUAUCAUUAUGAUUAUUUUACCACAUAUUUAUAUUAAUUAUCUGGUCAGCAACGUCUUUUCAUAAUUAUUUCCGGCUUAAAUUGGAAUUUAGAAUAAAAUUAAAA